AUGUCGUCGAGCAGUGGAUCGACUGGUCGCACCUUCGCUAAGCAUGGCAUGCCAAGUGCUGAGGAUACAGGCUGCAAAGUGGCAAAUGAACCUGUCAGUGAUGACGUAUCGGGCACGCCGAACAGGCAAAGGGAACCAAUGUCCAGCUCUGGCCAUCCUCAGCUGACUCCCGCAAAAGGUCAAAAGACGGAGCUUACUCCUAUGCGCAGAUUGCUGAAGACAUUGCCACCUCGCCUAUCGACCCCGCAAGGCCCUCUGCCUCAACCGCCUCCUGCGCCAGCCCAGCCAUCCACCGAGCGGCAUCUUACACCAACAUACUCAUUUCGUGGAGGCAGAAAAGCCGGCCACACGCCUCCUACUUCUCUGCACGUUCCGAAGACGCCCUGCUCUAAAGCUCUACCAUCAACAACGCAAAGUCCGCGCCUGAUCCCGUUUUCUCCUCAGCAAUUGGGAUUGCGACCUAUUGUGUUGCGCCGGUAUACCCAAACUGGCACAAAGGAAGUUGACAGCAGUGCCACCAUCACCGACAAGCCACUACCGACAUACGUGAACGGCGAAGCAGAGCUUGAUGUUGGCGCGACGGACAAAAUGUUGUACUAUCCUUCGACAAGCCCUCACGAUUCUCAGUACGGACUUGGGGACCACCUGAACGCGGACCACAGCUUUCUGGACACGCGCCCAUCCAUCGAGACGACUGUUACCAUAAAUACUACAUUGAGCCAAUCCAAGCUGCACGCAGAUGCAGCAGAGCUCAACUCUCCCUGCAGUCCGAUCGAGGUACUGCUGGAUGACAGCUUUUCGCGGCCGUCUCCACCUGCGCCGGCUUCGCCCUCCAAGUGCUUGGGAACAGUCUCUGGCGCCAUCAUUCAGGCUUUUCGAAGCGCUGAGCAGUCAUCGUCUACGCAUCUCUCGCCCCCGCGCUCCCAUCAUCGAGUAGGCCUUCCUUUCAAAAGCUCCAUGGAAGAUGUGGGCCCCUCGCGUUCAACUCGGUAUUUCGCCCAAACGCCAACGGAGAGCAGCUCCGGUCUUCCCAGGCCAUCCAAGCAGCGCGCUUCCUUCGUGCGCUCUCGUAGCGUCGCCGACAUUGCGGAUGAGGUUGGGCUGGAAAAGAAAGACACGCCCCUAGACAUGUCCAAUAACGACAGCGGAAUCUCUCUGAGUGGAAAUGAGACUCCAGACCCGAGCUUGCGCGAAACCGAUCCAAACAGCGUCCCAUCGACUCACGGGGGCAUGGAGCUGGAUGAAGAAUUAGGUUUCUCAUACAACGUCACACCUCCACACUCCUUUCAAAUGACACCCAGAUCGAGAAUCGGCACCUCUCCUUUGCGCUUCAUGAGCUCUUCUGCUAGACUCAGGGGCAGUGCGAGCCCCCUGACGACGCCUCGACGCUCACGCGUGUCAUUCCCAGCAGAAUCGCCUUCCGGCAAGACCUCGUCGCACCUCAUGGACAAUCACCCCACUCCAAGCUUCUGGGCCUUGUUCUGUUGCGUAGGAAAGGAGGUCAAGUGA